AUGGCAAAUCGUCGACGUAGAGUACCCGACAUCAACGUAGCUCCCACGGAGUGUGACCUUCGUGAUGUCGAGAUGGAUGAGCUGGGGAGGCAAGUGCAACAACUCCAACAGCAACUUGAGCGUCUCCAAGUUAGAAACCGUGAUGAGUCACGUCAUGGUUCGGAUGUUGGCGAGGUUCGGGAGGUUAACCCUUUCCAUGACGAAGAUUCUGAUUCGUCUACCGAAAGGGCUUCUUCUCGACUUGGCUGGAGGAAUCGUUUUGAGGAUUAUGGCGUCAAAGUCGACAUUCCCGACUUUGAAGUUUGGUGGGAGAACUUGAAGAGGCGUCGAGAGCGUGAAGGAAAACGGAGGAUUGUAACGUGGGAAAAGAUUAAACGGGAGCUCAAGAAGAAGUUUCUUCCCGCAAGCUAUAAGCAAGAUAUUUUCUCUCGGCUCUACAACUUCAAGCAAGAGGAGUUGACCGUAGAGGAAUACACUGCGGAGUUUGAGCAUCUCAUGAUGAAGUGCGAUAUCGUGGAGCCCGAGGAACAAACCAUUGCUCGGUACCUUGGCGGUCUACGAUCUGAGAUUCGUAACGUGGUCCAAUUGCAACCUUAUUGGACUUUCGAGGAUGUUUGCAAGCUGGCCGUUCGUGUGGAGAAGCAAUCUAAGGAGAAGAGUACUCAUAAGACCUUGGGAAGAGACGGGGUCUCUAACCGGGGGAGUGCUCCGACUCCGAAGUCAUCAUCGACUAGUAAAGCUUCUUCUUCCAAGGCUACACCCGCACAAGGUGGCACUUCUUGCAACACUUCAAGCACGAUAUCAAAACAAUGCUUUAAGUGUCGAGGAUUUGGUCACAUCGCUUCCGAGUGUCCGAAUCGGAAGAUUAUUUCCUUAGUGGAGGAAGCUAAUGAUGAGCCGGUGUAUGACACUUACAAUAACGAGGAGAAUGAGGUUGAGCAAGAAGAGGUCACUUAUGGUGAUCAAGGGGAGGCUCUCGUCGUUCAACGCAUCUUGAAGUCCGCACAUGUUGAGGAUGAUAAGUAG